AAAUUGUUGUUACGCGGCUCCGCCGGCGGCAGCGGAGAAGUGGUGGCUGCGUCGUCAUUGUCAUCAUCAUUAUCGUCAUCGGCAGAAUUGAUAGCAAGUGCGAGGAGUGUAACAACGGCGCCAGCCAGUUGGCCGACCUGGUCUUCUAGUUGAGGGGAGGACAGGGAGCCAGAGGAGCAGCACCCAGCUUCAACACCCGCCGCGCUGGUGGCACCAGCGUACGUCGUCGUCGUCGUCGUCGUCUACGCGCGUGUACGGCCAGACGCUGCGCUGCGUCGUGCCACUACCUGUGUGUAGUACGUGUGUGCGCGCGCGUGCCCGCUCGCUCGCGCGCGCGCUGCUAGCCGCCGCCGCCGAGAGGCAUCGGCGAGAGACGGCCGCGCAAGUGGGAAGGAAGAGCGAGAGCAGCGAGAGGUUAGGUUAUUACGGAAGAAAGAUAACAGCCGCGCGGAGGAGCCAUGGCCGACCACCUGGUGGACGGCCCUCCGCAGAAGCGGCCGAAGCUCGAUCCGUUCCAGGGGACGUCGGACUCGACGGUAGUGGGUAUGCCGCCUUUAUUGAUGCACCAUGCUUAUACGAACUACGGGGGAGGUGGCAGUGGUAACAUGCAACAAAUUCAAGCGCCUCAACAGCUUCAUCUACAGCAGCAUCAACUGCAGCAACACUGGAACAACAAUACCGUCCAGAAAAGAAAUUACAUUUCUAACACAGAAAUGUUUGAUCUUGAAAAUGAUCUUCCUGAUGAUCUGUUGUCAUCUGGAUCUUGGGGUUCCACGACCGAGAGUACCAAGCCACCAGCGACCGGUCCAGGCCCAGGGCAGCAAAAUGGUGCUCUCGAUACAGAACUCAGACAACAUGUACAGCAGCAGCAGCAGCAACUCUCUCAUCAUCUCAUUCAACAGCAGGGCAACAAAAACUUGGUAGCGAAUUCUUUAGUAAUGGCUGCUGGAACGUUAGGCAACAAAAGUCCGAAUAUGCAAUCGCCACCGAACGUUUCCGUUUCCAAGGGAGGGAUAGUCGAUCCACAGAUGGUAGUGAGUCUUGGUAAUCUACCAAGUAGUAUAGCCAGUUCGUUGGCUAAUAAUCAAAUGUCAAUCGCAAAUUCAAUGGGCGGCUUGCAAUCGUCUAUGAGCAUGUCCGGAAACAACCCUGCGAUGUCCAUGCCAGGCAACAUGAAUUCUGGUUUAGUGAUGACGAGCUCCGCUAGCGGGAACAACAUGGGAGGAAUGACCGGUGGGAGCUUGAUAGUAACCAACAGUUUGAACAAACAACCUCUAAAUACAAAUUUUUCAAAGGUAACCAUGAUGGGCCCUAAUACUCAAGCGAUACAUCAUCCCGGUGCACCUCACGGAAUUACACCGAUGCAAAACGGUCCGGGAAUGAUGAACACGAGAGCUGUAGCGAUGCAGCAACAACAACAGGCUCAUAUGGUCGGUCCGACGAGAGGGCAGAGUCCUCACCAACAAGUGCAUCAAGUUGGCAUUGUUGGUCCCGGUCAGGGUGGUCCUCGGAUGCAAGCUCCCCCUAACAUGACAAACAUGCCUAUGGCGCAACUGGGUGCAUCGAAUCCGUACAGCUAUGGUGUUGUCAAACCGCAACAGAAGGGUGUAGGCACGAACAUGAGUCCCAUGCAAGCGGCGGCCGCCGCCAGUAGAUUUACUGGUUCCGCCGGUCCGAUCGGCACUACAAAUGUCGUGGGUGGUCAAGAGGGUGGAACGGCAGCGCAACAGGCACAGCCACCAGCACCAAGUCCGGCUCAGCCACAAUCGGGUGCGCCAACCGGAGGGCAGCCAGGACCGCAACAAGCUACGCAAGGACAAAUGGCUACUGGUGCAGGUACAACAGGCGCAAAAUCGACGCCCGAUCCAGAGAAAUGUAGACUUAUACAACAACAAUUGGUGCUACUUUUGCAUGCGCAUAAAUGCCAACGACGUGAGAGCCAAGCGAACGGUGAAAUGAGACAAUGCACUCUGCCGGACUGUAAAACUAUGAAAAAUGUUCUGACGCAUAUGACGAGUUGUCAAGCCGGCAAGAAUUGCACCGUCGCUCACUGUAGUAUGUCUAGGCAGAUCAUCAAUCAUUGGAAACACUGUAAUCGAAAUGAUUGUCCAGUCUGCUUGCCCAUAAAGCAAGCUAAUAAAAACAGGACUAAUUCUGCGCAAGCACCUGCAAUUCAACCAAAUAAUCAGCCAAAUCCUCCAAGUGCAUCCGAAAUGAGAAGGGCUUAUGAUGCUUUAGGGAUUCAAUGUCCAACAACAACACCAGGGCUCUUACCUGGUCAAGGUGUUGGCAGAGGCAGUAGAAUGCCAACACCUGGCAUGGCGGGACCUCCUGGGACACUGGGCAGCGUUAGAUUAGCGCAACCUCAAACACAGACUGCACCGGGACAAUCUGCUGGACAAGUAGCUCCAAAUGUAUCUCUUCCUUUGAAUUCUGAUCCUACUACGGUCGGGGUAGCCGGCAAUCAGACGGUACCGACGACCGGACCCACAUCUGCCGCGGCAGCGGCUGCUGCCAAUAUACAACAGUCCGUUAAUAUUCAAGCGAUGUUUGGACUAAACGAGUCCGGACAACCUGGUGUGAUAGGUGGGGAAAAUAGAUUAGCGAAUCUGCAGCUUCCAGGCGGUCUUCAACCCGGUCAAGUCACGGCGACGCCGGUGCAAGGAACAAAGGAGUGGCAUAUGUCCGUCACUCCAGAUCUCAGGAACCAUCUCGUUCAUAAAUUGGUUCAAGCAAUAUUCCCGACUCCCGAUCCACAAGCCAUGCUUGAUAAAAGAAUGCACAACUUGGUCGCGUACGCAAGGAAAGUGGAGGGUGACAUGUACGAAAUGGCCAAUUCCCGGUCGGAAUAUUAUCAUUUGUUGGCCGAAAAAAUUUACAAGAUUCAAAAGGAACUUGUUAACAUACACGAUACUAAGAGAAAUUUAUCGAAUAACAUAGACGAAAAGCGACAAAAACGAAAAGAACAACAGCAGCAGCAGCAACUGCAACAGCAACAACAGCAGCAGCAGCAGCAACCACCGCAGCCACCAGGUACCUCUGGACCCGGGUUAAGGCCAUGCGCGCCUCCAAAUGUAGGUACUGUUAUGCCAGGGGGAUCAAAACCUGUCGGGACGGUACCACCUUCCUUACGAAGUCACUCACCAAGUAUGAGUCAACUGGGGGCGAUGGCUAUACAGCAGCACAAUAGGAUGCAGUUCCCACAGCAGCAGCAACAGACGCAACAACAGCAGGUCCAACAGCAACAGCAGCAACAGGUGCAAGCCCAGCAACAAAUACAACAGCAGCAGCAGGGGAUUUUGGUUGGUCCUCCUGGCCCAAGCCCGAACGGACAAUCCACAUCCAACGCCAAUAUGGUGUCCAAUCCUGGGCUCAGCCCAUUUGGACAACCUCAAAUGUCUCAAGCUAACCUCACGACCACUACCGCGUCUAACAACGCGACGACUAGUCAAUUCCCGACAUCUAAUGGCACGGCUGCCGGUUUACCCAAUAGUUCUCCUAUUCAGAAUCAGCAUCAGUUUCCUGACCUAAUGAAAGUCAGACUGGCGCAAGCCCAGGCUCAAGCGGCACAACAGCAGCAGCAGCAGCAGCAACAACAACAACAACAACAGCAGCAGCAGCAGCAGCAGCAAAAUCAACAGCCUCAACCAACGAGUACCCCGAGCCAGGUCAAUACUCCGGCAACGUCAAUUCCGCAAACACCAUCACCUUUUAGCGGUAUGCAACCAAGUACACAACAGCCACAGCAACAACCGAAUCAACAAUUCCCAACUCGACCACUGUCAGCUUCUACGCCUAGUGAUAAUGGCAUCGUGACAUCGACACCGCAGACGAUACCACCGCCCGCGUCUAGCGGACCGAGCCCAACAGGUGGUAUACCAGUAACGACCACGGGUACAACGAACGGACCUCAAUCGACCACCUCGACGCCAAAUACGCCACUUGUACCGUCGCUAAUGACACCGAAUCAAACGGUCUCUUCAGCAUCAAACCAAACGCCGCCCCAUUCGGGUACAACACCGUCCCCAGCUGGCCUUGCAAGUCUUGGUAAAGGUAUGACUUCUCAGGAACGGGCGGCAUUGAACACUCCACGCAGCACAUCCAUGUCCUCGCAGAUGGCUGCUAUCACGGCAGCAUUAGACCGCGACAAUUCACCCAGCCCACCAAUGAAUAACAACAAGGGCAAACUAGAUUCCAUUAAAGAGGAGAUAAAAAUGGAGAUCAAACAGGAGCCGCCAGAUGACCCGCAGAAUCACAGGAUGGACGGUAAAAGCGUGAACAAUGAUAUUAUUAAGACCGAGCCAAAGACCGAGCCAAUGGAGGAGGGCUCGAACGAGGCGACCGUGAAGGAAGAGCCUGGCAUUAAAGAGGAAAGCAUGACUCCCGUGUCCAGUCAGGACACGACCACGUCCGACAUCAAGCCGUUGGUACCGGAACCGAUUCAACCGAGUGGCACAUCUACUGAUAAGAAGAAGUGCUUGUUCAAACCCGAUGAGCUGCGUCAAGCAUUGAUGCCGACAUUGGAGAAGUUAUACCGACAGGAUCCAGAGUCUAUACCGUUCCGACAACCAGUGGAUCCCCAGGCGUUAGGUAUACCGGAUUAUCCCACUAUCGUGAAGAAGCCCAUGGAUUUGUCGACGAUCAAGAAGAAACUUGACACGGAGAAGUACAGCGAUCCGUGGGAGUACGUGGAUGAUGUGUGGAUGAUGUUUGACAACGCUUGGCUGUAUAAUCGCAAGACUUCUCGAGUCUAUAGAUAUUGCACCAAGCUCUCGGAAGUGUUCGAGCAAGAGAUAGAUCCCGUGAUGCAGGCACUGGGCUAUUGUUGCGGCAGAAAAUACACAUUUAACCCGCAGGUGCUCUGUUGCUACGGCAAGCAGCUUUGCACGAUACCCAGGGAUGCAAAGUAUUAUUCGUAUCAGAACAGUGGUCUAAAGGGAAUUGGUCUUCUUUCCGACAGAUACACCUUCUGUCAAAAAUGUUUCAACGACAUUCCUGGUGACACAGUGACGUUGGGAGACGAUCCAACGCAACCUCAAACUGCCAUCAAGAAGGAACAAUUCCAGGAAAUGAAGAAUGAUCACUUAGAAUUAGAACCUUUUGUAACCUGCACCGAUUGUGGUAGGAGAGUACAUCAAAUUUGUGUGCUCCAUAUGGAAGCAAUCUGGCCUUUGGGAUUUACCUGCGAGAAUUGCUUAAAGAAGAAGGGACAGAAACGUAAAGAGAAUAAGUUCAACGCCAAGCGAUUACCCGUAACGAAACUCGGCACGUAUAUCGAGACGCGCGUGAAUAAUUUCCUAAAGAAGAAAGAAGCGGGUGCUGGUGAAGUCGCAAUCAGAGUAGUCGCUUCCAGCGAUAAGGUGGUCGAGGUGAAACCCGGUAUGCGAAGUAGAUUCGUCGAGAAUGGUGACAUGCCUGGUGAAUUUCCAUAUCGCGCGAAGGCGCUGUUUGCGUUCGAGGAAGUCGACGGCACCGACGUCUGUUUUUUCGGUAUGCACGUUCAGGAGUAUGGGAGCGAGUGUACGCCACCGAACACCAGACGGGUUUACAUCGCGUAUCUGGAUUCUGUUCACUUCUUCCGGCCUAGACAAUUUCGAACGGCUGUGUAUCAUGAGAUUCUUCUCGGAUAUCUCGACUAUGCGAAGCAACUUGGAUAUACUAUGGCUCACAUUUGGGCUUGUCCUCCUUCCGAAGGGGACGAUUAUAUCUUCCACUGCCAUCCCGCAGAACAAAAAAUACCAAAGCCUAAGAGGUUGCAGGAGUGGUACAAGAAAAUGUUGGACAAGGGAAUGGUCGAAAGAAUCGUGCUUGACUAUAAGGACAUUUUAAAACAAGCCAUGGAAGACAGGCUUUCGUCAGCAGCGGAUUUACCGUAUUUCGAGGGUGACUUUUGGCCAAACGUGUUAGAAGAAAGUAUUAAAGAAUUAGAUCAGGAAGAGGAAGAGAAACGUAAACAAGCUGAAGCGGCAGAAGCAGCCGCCGCUGCGGCGAACGCGAUAUUUUCGCUGUCUGAAGACGCGGAAACUCCAGACGGUAAGAAGAAAGGCCAAAAGAAGGCGAAGAAAUCCAACAAAUCUAAAGCGAAUCAAAGGAAAAAUAGCAAGAAAUCGAAUACUCCUCAAACCGGCAAUGAUCUUUCCGCAAAAAUCUUUGCCACCAUGGAAAAGCAUAAGGAAGUGUUCUUCGUUAUCAGGUUACACAGCGCGCAAAGUGCAGCCAGUUUGGCGCCUAUUCAAGAUCCCGAUCCUGUUAUUAAUUGUGAUUUAAUGGAUGGUCGUGACGCCUUUCUUACGAUGGCGAGGGAGAGGCAUUAUGAAUUUUCAUCACUUAGAAGAGCAAAGUUUAGUUCCAUGUCGAUGUUAUACGAAUUGCAUAAUCAAGGUCAAGAUAAGUUCGUUUAUACUUGCAAUAAUUGCAAGACUCACGUGGAGACCAGAUACCAUUGCACAGUUUGUGAAGAUUUCGAUUUAUGUGUGAGUUGUAAAGAUAAAGACGGUCACUCGCAUCCGAUGGAGAAACUUGGUUUUGAUCUGGACGAUGGGUCAUCACCAGCCGAUGCUAAACAAACGAAUCCACAGGAGGCUAGAAAAUUAUCGAUACAGAGAUGCAUUCAGUCAUUGGUACAUGCCUGCCAGUGUAGAGAUGCUAAUUGUCGCCUACCGAGUUGUCAGAAGAUGAAGCGAGUGGUGAUGCAUACGAAGAAUUGCAAGAGAAAGACAAAUGGUGGUUGUCCUAUAUGUAAACAACUGAUUGCGUUAUGUUGUUAUCACGCGAAACACUGCCAAGAGACCAAAUGUCUCGUUCCAUUCUGCUCCAACAUCAAGCACAAGAUAAAGCAGCAACAAUUGCAACAACGGUUACAGCAAGCGCAACUGCUUAGGAGGCGAAUGGCUGUGAUGAAUACGAGGCCCUCCGGACCUGUAGCCGCAAUGCAGGCUGGACAACAGACCUCGAACGUUGCGAUGACUGGAGUCGCUAUGAAACCUGGCGUUAGCACGUCGAAUUUGCCGACGCCUCAUCAGCCUGGUAUCGGAUUGAAGCCCGGAACACAGACGCCACCUGCUCACGUGUUACAAGUGGUGAAGCAGGUACAGGAGGAAGCAGCUAGGCAACAAGCACCACACGUUAAUUUCGGUAAGGUAACGCCAGGCGGUGGUGUUGGUGGCGUAAAUGUCGGCGUGGGCGGUCAAACGGGUGGUGUGAUGCCUCCGCCGCAGAUGCAGCGGCCGUUGCCGGUCCAGAUGCCGAAUCCUAGCGGCACACAUCUCAUUCCUAUGGAUCAGUGGACGGCGAGCAGGUACCAGUCGAAUACGGUGAUGCAACAAAAUCCUAACUUGGCGCGACAACAAACACCGCAACAGCUGAUGCAGCAACAGCAGCAGCAUCAGGCUCAACCAGGAAUGGGCAUGAGUGCGCAAAUGCCACGACAACCGGGCAUGAUCGGACCAUCGGUUGGACAAGUUAAUCCACAAGCAAGCAAUAUGCAGAAGCACGCUCUUCAGCAGCUGAUGCAGACUCUCAGGAGCCCGAACUCGCCCGACCAGCAAAAUCAAAUACUCCAAAUACUCAAAAGUAAUCCACCAUUGAUGGCUGCUUUUAUCAAGCAACGAGCGCUUGUCCAUCAGCAACAACCUGGUCAACAUGGCGGGGGAGUCGGUGGCCCUAUGGGUCCUAAUCAACCCCAACAGCAACAGCAACAACAACAACCUGGUUUGCAUAUGAUGUCCCAACAGCAGCAGCCACAGCAGCAACAACCACAGCAAUCGCAGCAGCAGCAGCAACAGGGCAGACUGCAGAUACAGAUGCUAACGCAGCAGGCGCAACAACAGCCGGUGCAACCGCAGUCGCAAUGGUACAAGCAACAGAUGUUGGUGAUGCAGAGGCAACAACAGGUGGCUCAGCAGCAGCAACAGCAGCAGCAGCAGCAGCAGCAGCAGCAGCAGCAACAACAGCAGCAGCAGCAGCAGCAGCAGCAGCAGCAGCCGUUUACUCAGCCGCCAGCGCCACCGUACGGUCAACAACGACCCAUACGACCAUCUCUUCUUGGUAAUUACACGAUCAAUCGUAAUUACUUAAUAGAAGAAAAGAAAGAGCUAGCAAACAGUCGGGCUGUAGUAAGUAGCGUGUUUCCUCGACACCAACGCUUGCCCAACUCCCUAGGUUACGGCGGUUUCAACGAACAGGGCUACGGUCAGCCAGGUCUGAAACCUACUCCGCCGCCCGUGCCCUCGCCGCAAGGCGUCAUGGGUCCGCCGGGGAUCUCCGUACAACAACAGUUGAUGCAGUCAGUCCGUUCGCCACCGCCCAUUCGAUCUCCACAGCCCAACCCCUCGCCACGACCUGUCCCUUCCCCUCGUAAUCAGCCGGUACCGUCGCCGCGGUCGGGUCCGGUGCCAUCGCCGCAUCACCAUCCGCCUCACGGCACGCCGACACAUUCGCCGGCCCACGAACUCGGCGGUGGUCCUAGCGAGAUGAUGCUCUCGCAGCUGGGUGGCGGUCCAGGUGCGCCAGGCCAUCCCGCCACUAUGCCUCAUCAUCCCUCGCCGGCGCCGGCGCCUACGAAUGGCGGCGCAGACGCCAACGAGGUGACGCCUAUGACACCGCAGGACCAACUCGCCAAGUACGUCGAGGGGUUGUAGUGACUGUUACGGACGAUCACAUCGGUCGAUGGUUAUGUAAGUGUUUCCCUUAACGGAGACGACGACGGCGGCGCUCGGAUGGCUGCGACCGUCCGCGUCGCGUGAAUUUAUAAAUAAUACGAAUCGCGAAUUUUUGAGAGCAUUAGAUAAUUAAAUUUGAAAUUUGCGCGCACGCGCGCAGAUAGAGACUGAAAGAGAAAGCUUGACGCGCGUUUUAUCAAUGUUUUAUCGAGCGAUCGAAUCUGACACGCCUCAGGACCCCUUCAGGAUCGCAGGAUAGUUUACGAUUUCUCGAUCCUCGAUACCGCGUACGAGACGCUCGGUGCGCGCUCGGCUUGCGCAUAUCUUCUCUUUCGAUUUUCUACAUUAUGCGGUUAUACGCGUAUUACACAUCGAAAGACAAGAAGAAAAAGUAACGCGACGUUGGUGCUUUUCAAUUCUACUCGGCCUGGCUCAAAUAGACUCAAAAUUGUUUCGUCCUUGGUCGAGAAAGAGAGAGAAAUGAAAAAAAAUCUGUAGGACGAGGAGGAACGAAAGCGAAACUAUUCGAGAGACUAUUAUUACAUAUUCUCCCCUCGUAUCCUCCAGAGCCCCCUCGACUCUGCCACUCUUCCUCACUGCUAUUUGUGCAGGGUGAGUGAAAUCGUACAAAUAUAUAUAUAUAUAUAUAUAUACAUAUAUGUAUGUUGUGUAUACUUAACGUUAAUAAUUAAUAGUUCAAAUACUAUUAGCUCGUAAAUAGUAUCGUAAAUGUAUGCAAUUAUAUACAAACAUAUAUUAAUAUUACCGUAACGAAAACAAAGUAUAUGAUAAAGAAGACUUGUAUGAAAGAUAAACGAUUAUAUAGAUAGGGAGAAUCCACUAGAGUGUUGUAUGUACGGAGAGAGAAAGAAAAUUUAGAUCGUAUGUUAAGUAAUAUAUUCGUUUUAAGGAGAAAAUUUGUUAUUAAAAGGAUAUCCCUAAGCGCCACACCGAAGGUUGUACUUUAACCAUAAAAUUUUAUGAAUUUAUCGCGAUUGACUCUGCAUUUUUGCAAUGCAACGUGAGUCCGUCUGUGAAACUUGAAAGACAGCGAUACUCUCGACAGAAUGCCUGUCCCAACUGUGUCCUGUCGAGAGGCUCGCUCAUAUGACGAGUUAACGUUGUCGUAACCAAAAAAUAGAAAUUCACAACAGGCUGCUAGCGCGCAUGGGAGGGGUUUAUAUAAAAAUGUGUUGAUUUUGAUGAAGAAAGAGAGAGAGAGAGAAGUAGAGAAAAUGAUGUUUUCUCCGAUUGAGGGUCCACUGCGUAUGUACAGUUUAAUCAAAAUGUAACUAAUGAAAAUGCGUAUUUGAUACUGGACCCUCGCGUGAAAACUUUGUAAAUACUAGAUUAUUAUUACGACAAUUAUUAAUUUACCUAUUAUUGAUUAAUUAUUAAUAUUAUAUUAUAUAUAUUAUAAUAUAUUAUUAUUAUAUAUUAUUAUCAAUAUUAAUCUAUUACUAUGAUCAAUUCAUACAUAGAUUUAUUGUAAUAUUUACAACAAACGAGUGAGUGAGAGAGAGAGAGAGAGAGAGAAAGUUCACGUUAUUACUACACACGGGUUAGAGAUUGACCCGCGUACAAAACACACCGAACCACAUUACAUAACUAUUGCCAGUGUUGUAUCAUAGUAAAGCUCUAAGUGUAUUAAGUUCCUCCUCCUUUUCCUCCUUUCUUGCUCGGCCAUCCUGGUCUAUUCUCCCGACUCCCCCAUCUUUUUUUCGUCACUUAUUUAAAAUGACUUAGUAAUAACGUGAGAAUGCGUGAGCAUGUGUGGUUCAAAAGGUCCGUGGCGUCGGAUAUUUUUGAAGUUAAUACUUUGUAUAAUAUAGCUAUAUCGUGUACAAUUAAGUCAACUGACGAUUGCGAUAGAGACGUAAAUUGGAGGGAAGGGAAGAUUAAAACUGAUACACACGUACACAUACACACACGACGCAACACGCGGUAGCGAAGCUGAACGUAAAAAAGAGAGAAAAGCGAUCGCGAGAACAAUCUUCGAAACUCCUAAACUCGCGAGCUAAUUAUCAUGCGACAUACUAUUGGUAUACUCUAGCUACACAGAUAUAUAUGCAAACACACGUACGCCGGCAUAUGUACACGUCUUCGCUCAAGACGUACGUUCAUUCGAAGUACGCUCGUGCGCUAUGAAUUUUUGUUUGAACCCUCGGCGGCACGCGCUUUGAUCGUGUUCCUCGUUAAGUCACUCUCGCGGGAUUAGCAAAACGAAAGGGAAAAGAAAGAGAAAGAGAGAGCCAACUUGGCGGAACUCUAUUAAGGUCAGCGGUCGGCCUUGAUCGGGUGCACCGAUUCUUUUCGAAUGAAUCGUUACGAGUGCAAUCGGGGUCCUUUGAAGUUCCCCCUCCCCUCCUCCCCCACGCGGUACCGUCGACAUUCGCCGUCCACCUGUUUGUCCGUAUAUUCGGCAAACGUCGACGUUUCCUUUUUCUCCUUCCCUUCCAGCAAUGGAGAAGUCUCAAGCGAUGAAG